ACUACUUCCGGUAAAUUGCUUCCGGUUCAAAAUAUCGAACGAGCACAUCGCUUCCAGAGAUUGUGACGUCCCUAAAUCAGCAAAAUGACAGAGGAAGCAUCGAAUCUGAAGGUUUUCAGGGAAGCCGAAGUUAGAAACAAUAAGGACAAAUCGACACUUCUUAUCAUACAUGAUAGUGUUUAUGACGUAACGAAAUUUCUGGAAGAGCACCCUGGUGGUGAAGAGGUCCUGUUGGAGCAAGCUGGGAAGGAUGCGACAGAAGCAUUCGAAGAUGUCGGCCACUCAACUGAUGCCAGAGAAAUGAUGAAGGAUUACUUGAUUGGAGUACUCCAUGAGAGUGACAAAAAGGGAUCGACAGUGAAGACCAAUACAUCAAUAAAUGCACCAGAUUCAAAUUCAGGGAGUGGCUGGACAGGCUGGUUAAUUCCCCUUGGUGUGGCCCUGGCUGCUGCUUUCCUGUACCGCUAUUUCAUGGCACAACAGACCAGCUGAAAUCCUUUCAUAUUUUCUCUCAGACAUGCUGGACCAAACUUUUUUGUGACUGAUCUCUACCAUAGUGCUUUGUAUGUAGCCAACAGACGCUCAUAGAUUGCAUCUUGAGACAGACUGUAAUAUAAGCAGAAUACAGUUGCCAUAUGUCCAUCAGUGCGCAUGUUGAUCUUCUUAAUUAAAACAAGCAAAUCAUUAUUAUUACACUUUCUGCAUUUGGUAAUUAUUUAUGGACAGUUUUUUUUUACAGAUCAGAAACUUUGAAAUAGAGUUUCUGUAAUCUACUCAUGAGCUAGUAGGUGUAUGAUUUCCAAUGAUUGUGUAUCUGAAUCGUAGAGAAAAUAAAAAAUGUUGUAAUCAGUA